AUGCUGUGGGGCGGGACGGUGCAGGACGAGGCCUCCGGGCUCGGGGCGGAGUUCCGGCAAGUGGUAUCGGAGGGGACGGAGCUGCUGGCGAAGCCGAACGUUUCGGACUUUUAUCCGGGUUUGGCCCGGUUUGACUUGCAAGGGGUGUUCAAGCAGAUGGAGGGUUUAGGGAAGAGGAUUGAUGCGAUAUUCGAGAGAGUGAUAGAUCAACGGCUGAGGAUGGAGAAGGAAAGCGCGAAGGAGGAGGGGAGUAAAGAUUUUUUGACUUUUUUACUGCGGUUAAAAGAGGAGGGAGAUUCCAAGACGCCGUUUACUAUGACUCACCUCAAAGCCUUGUUUAUGGAUAUGGUUGUGGGCGGGACGUACACAUCCUCCAACACAAUUGAAUUUGCAAUGUCGGAAGUUCUGAACAAACCAGAAGUGUUACAAAAAGUCCAGCAAGAAUUAGAAGCAGUAGUUGGCAAAAACAGCGUUGUAGAAGAGUCUCACAUUCACAAGCUACCGUACUUAUAUGCUGUGAUGAAAGAAACACUGCGUUUGCACCCAGCCCUGCCUCUAUUAGUCCCACAUUGCCCAAGUGAGACAUGUACUGUGGGGGGUUAUACCAUUCCAAAGGGGUCUAGGAUUUUUGUUAAUGUUUGGGCUAUACAUAGAGACCCUUCUAGUUGGGAAAACCCAUUGGAGUUUGAUCCAACUAGAUUCUUGGAUGGUAAAUGGGAUUACAGUGGGAGUGACUUCAAGUAUUUUCCUUUUGGGUCCGGGAGAAGAAUAUGUGCAGGGAUAGCAUUGGCUGACCGGAUGGUGAUGCAUUCGCUUGCUACACUGCUGCAUUCUUUUGAUUGGAAAUUGCCACAGGGUGAGAAGUUGGAUCUUUCGGAGAAGUUUGGUAUUGUAUUGAAGAAGAAGAUAUCUUUGGUUGCCAUCCCAACUCCAAGGUUAUCAGAUCCAGCACUCUAUGAGUAGCCGACAAAGUGCUUUGUGAUGUCAACUUCUGUUAGGGUUAAUUUGGGCCUAAGACCGUACAUAUUUCUACUCAUGAUGUACGUACUGAAUCUACUUUGGUGAUUGGAGCAAAUUAUACUCUAUACUAAAAGGCAAAUUCUAAAUUACUGUUCAUUACUACUUAAUAAAAUAGUGAUUGGACGAUUUUUCC